AUGAGGCGACUACGAUUCCCAAUCCCACGCCACUGGGAAUCAUGCGUGGCGCUCUCACUCCUCGCCAGCCUUCUGGGCCUUGUCGGUCUCGUCGGGCCGGCUAAUGCGCUGGUGCAAGUCAAUAACAUGCAAUACGGCUUUCUGUCGGAUCUGCGCGCGGCGUGGGGCGGCAACUUCAUAGAGGCGCGCACGUGGGCGUACGACGCGCGGUGCUUGCAGGGCCUGGACGACGGGUCGGACGACAUCCCCGUGCUCAAGGGGCUCAUCUGCUCCGCCGACGGCAGCAUCAUCGAGAUCAAUCUGCAGCACAGGUCGCUCGUGGGGGUUAUUCCCGAGUUCAUCAAAUACUUCACUGCCCUCACUGGCCUCUACCUGUCGGACAACGAGCUGUACGGCUCCAUACCCGCCGGCAUCAGCGCCCUCGCCUCCCUGCAGUACCUGCACCUGGACUACAAUAGCAUAUCGGGCACCCUCCCCUCCACUAUCGGCAAGCUACCCUUGCUGCAGAGCCUGCGGCUGAAGGCGAAUCUGUUGACGGGGACCAUCCCCAACAUGGCCACGCUCAAGAACCUCGCCACUCUCGACCUAUCGCUGAACCGCUUGAAUGGCAUCAUACCGCCCACCCUCGCAGCAAUGCCGGGCGUUGGAGAACUGUUCCUAGCAGGCAACAGCUUGUCAGGCCCUCUGCCGCCCAAGCUCAACAUGCCCAAUCUUUACUCCUUGGAUCUCUCUUUCAACUUCCUGUCUGGAAGCAUUCCAGUCACCAUCAGCACCCUUGCUUCACUGCAGUACAUGGAUCUGGGGUACAACCAGCUCUCGGGCUCGCUGCCCUCUCAAAUGGCCAAACUCACCGGCCUCCAGCGCCUGGAUCUGCUCGCCAAUGCAAUGACCGGAAGCAUUCCCCUCGUCUUCUCCAGCCUCAGUGCACUUCAAACACUUGUGCUGCAGCGCAACAGCAUGAGUGGCCCCAUCCCAUUGCAGCUGAGCGUGCUCACGGGCCUGAGUGAACUGUCGCUGUCAAGCAACGCCUUCCAGGGCUCCCUGCCCGCCUCCUUCAGCGCCCUCACCUCACUCACCUGGCUGUCCGCCAGCAGCAACCUGCUCAACGGCACCAUCCCCUCUGGUCUCUUCACCCUCUCCAACCUCCAAGUCCUGGAGUUGGACGACAAUAAUUUCUCUGGUUCCAUCCCCGACCCCAUCUCAACCCUCUCCUCGCUGCAGUUCCUCUCCUUGGCGCGCAAUCGCCUGUCAGGCGCGCUGCCUGCCUCCCUCGCCAGCAUCACAGGACUCGCCUACGUUGAUCUGAGCAACAACGCGCUCUCAGGCUCCGUGCCCACAGCAUACUUCUCCCGCACUGCCUCCAAGUGGACGCUGGACGUGCGCAGCAACAUGCUGGUGGGCGAGGUGGACGUGCUGGCCAACGGCACGGCGUGGUACGACCACAACUACCUCUCCUCCACCGUCUUCGACGCCUCCUCCUGCGACGCCGAUACUCCUCUCUCCGUCUCCUUCCGCCGCAACUGCAUCCCGCCCACCGUCUGCGACGCCAUGCCGCAGCGCACUGAUGCGGAGUGCGCGGCGUUCUGCGGCCUCAAGCCUGCGGAUGGCGAGGUGUGCGGCGGGGAGGGCACGUGCGCGCUGCUGCCACAGCAGGCGGUGCAGGCGGGUGUGUGCACGUGCGGGGACUCGUUGCAGAACGGGGAGGACCCCGCCACCUGCGUAUCCUCCUCCGCGCCCCCAGUGGCUCUAUCCACGACCCUGCCCUCCUCCUCCCUGCCCGCGGCUACCGUCAGCGGCGCAGCAACAGUGAGCGCCACCACAGGCGCCAUCACGCUCACCACGCUUGCACUCAACGAGUGGGGCGCCGCACUCCUCACCGCCCCUACGUGCCUCUUCUCCUAUGGCCUCCGCAAGUCCGGCUGCGGCCGCCCCUUCGCCUUCUCCGCCUCCUUCGCCUUCCAAAGCACCCCCGAGCCCGGGAAAAAGUCCGCUGGAGGGGUCGCGUUUGUGAUCGCUGCUACUGAUACAGCCGCGACAGGGGAUGUGACCGCUCUGGGUUACUCCGGGCUUGGUCAGAGGAGCGUGGUGGUGGAGUUUGACGGGUUUCAGGACAAGGCCCUGACGAUCAAGGACAUGUCAGCGAACCAUGUGGGAGUGAACCUCAACGGGAACCCAAUGUCCGUGACAGCCGUCACCUCCCCCCUGGUGGCGGGCGACGGCAAGGUGAAGUUCGCGUGGAUCGACUACGUGCCGCUGAGCGACGCCGCGGGGACGCUGUCGGUGUUUGUGGCGGCGACAGCAGUGAAGCCGGCCAAGGCGGUGCUGAGUGCGGCGCUGUCGCUGUGCACUGUGCUGGCGCCCGUGGAAGGGGAGGAGUCGUUCCACGUGGGGUUCACAGGGGCCAGCUCUGCGCUCGUGGGGCAGAGGAACGUCAUUCUCAACUACAGCAUCUCCACCAGCUUACCCAGCGCCCUCUCACCAAAACCCACUGUUGCGUACCCCACGGGGUUCGCCUUCACCAAGGAUGCUUUCUCCUCGCUCAACGCCAACCGCUUCUCGCGCCACGUCUCCGUGGGCGCCACCACAACCCCCUCCCCCGCGCGCUCCUGGUCCCCCAAGCCCGAUGUCAACUGGAACAACACGGGCCUGCUGUGGCCCAUCAAGGACCAGCUCAAGUGCGCCGACAGCUGGGCCUUCGCCCUGGUCAGCAGCAUCGAGGCGGCGUAUAACAUCGUGGGGAAUCUGAGCCGGUCUACGGUGUUCAAUGUGGACCCGCUGAGGACGUCCCUCAAGAGUAAUUGCAAGGGCGGGAGCCCUGUGUCGGGGCUGCAGUUCCUGGUGACCAGUGGCAAGACGGGCGGCGGGCUGACUGCCAAGGCUACGUACACGCGCCCGCUCGGCUCUGCUUCUCUCAGACGCGGCAAACCUGCCGUGCCCACGUUUCCCAUAGCUGGCUUUGAGCGCGCCCCCGGCAUGGGGUGGUUCGGGCUGCUGUUGGCGGUGCAGCAGCAGCCAGUGGUGGUGACCAUUCAGGCCACCGCGCCCUCUUUCAUGUCCUACAAUGGGCUGUUCAAGUACCAGGACCCAGCGUGCUUCACCUUUGCUCCCAACCAUGCCGUACUAGUUGUGGGGUACCGCCUCUCAGGCACCGACCCGGCUCUCCCUCACAUCGCUGCACCCUACUGGAUCAUCCGCAACUCGUGGGGGGACGGGUGGGGCGACGGGGGCCACAUGCGCAUGGACAUGCAGGGCGGGUACGGCGUAUGCGGCAUCAACACGCUCCCUGGCGUCUACCCCAUCGUGCGAUCAUCAUCGGAUGCGUGCAACAGCGACAUUGUGCAAGCGGACGGAACACCGCUGGCGAACCCGUGUGGAGGCUUUGCGUGCACAGUGGUGGGCACGAGCAACACGUGUGACUGCGACGGCACUGUUUAUGUGCAGGCCACCAACCUCGAUGGCUCACGGAUCUGCACCCUUGUGGACGUGUGUGGGGCGGCAGGCUUCAACCCAUGUGGGGCGGGCACGUGUGUGAAUGACGGGGCGGGGUCGUACUCGUGUGUGUGUCCACGGGGCUUCAUUCAAGGCACCACCAUCGAUGGCGCCUUCUCCUGUGCUCCAGCGCUCACGGUGGCGACCAGUUACGUGGUGAGGGGUGGGGGAGUGACGUGUGCGCACGUGCACCAGACCGUGGGGCUCACACUGCAACAGCUCAAGACCCUCAACCCGGCGUUGAACUGCAAUGCGCCCAUACCGGUCAACACCACUGUCAUCACCACGGCCACCUCCUCGCUCUCGCCCUGUUCCGCCUACUACACCACCGCUGCUGGCGACACAUGUGUAUCCAUAGCCACACGGCACGCCCUCACAGACACCUGCGAUCCCAUACCGGGGGAGGCCUGCGCAUCCCCCUCCACCACAGCGUGCGUGAAGCCCUGCAAGACCGCUCUGCAGGCCAUCAACCCUGGUCUCGACUGCAGCGCAGAUACAGACGGCACUCUCCCAGCGUACCUCUCCGUAUGCGUCAAGGUGGACUAUCUAUACGUGCCGCGAGUGCCUGCGUGCCCGCACGUGCACACGGUGGCGCCGGGAGAGACGUGUGAUGUGCUGCGCAAGACGGUGGCGGGCGGCAUGAGUGUGGAGGAGCUGUACCAGCUGAACCCCGGGAUUCUCUGUGACCGCAUCGCCCUGCCUGUGCCGGCCUCUGCUGCUGUCAUCCCCAACUAUGAUGUGUGCUGGGCUGACGUGUACGACCCGCAGAUCCCCACCUGUCCGAGGCCGUACGUCAUUCUCAAGGCUGACACGUGUGACACGAUCCUGCCGAAGUCCUUCGGUGGAAGUCACGAUUGCUUCCGACAAAUCAACGGCUACGAAUGCCUCAACCCUGUGCAAGUCGGUGCCCGCAUUUGCCUGCCGGAUCCUGCAGCUUUACUGAGGGGCAGGUGCCUGGUGUAG